AUGCUGCGCGCGUGCCGGCGUUGGCACACGAUCUUCGACGCCUGUUACGUCCUGAACCUCGACAGGCGACCUGAUCGCUGGGCACAUGUGCAGCAGCAGGUGAAGCGGGCGAGGCUGCACAAGUUUCUAAAGCCUGGCGUGGAGGUGACGCGCCUCAGCGGCAUCGAUGGAAACGGGCUCGAUGUUGCAGGCCUGCACAGGGACGGGGUGCUCACAGACCAAGGCUACCAGCGCUACCAACUCCCCACGGAGCAGAAGCUUUACGGCAUGGACCUGACGAAGGGCGCCAUUGGCUGCGCGCUUUCCCAUCGUGCGGUCUGGCAGCGGGUGGUAGCGGAGCAUCGUGCGUGCGCCCUCAUCCUCGAGGAUGACCUUGAGUUCCAUCACCAAUUCUCCCGCCAGUUCGCGGAGCGCUGGUCACGGGUGCCGGCUGACUGGGGGAUCGUGCAUAUGGGUGGUCUCGACCUGCUCGCGAGUGGCAAGCCGCCGCGGCCGUACAUAGCGGACGGCAUCCGCCUAGCGUACCACGGGCACCGCGAGCUCACCGCGUAUGUGGUGCAUGCCGCCUCCGCUCAGCGCUGCCUCGACCUGUCCCUGCCCAUGACGUGGCAAGUGGACACCCACAUCAGCAGCUGCCUAGCCGACGACGCUGCGGCGCAAGAUAAGUACAUCGCCGACCCCAAGAUGUACGUGUUCCAGCCAUCGUUGGUGAUUCAGCUCAUGUCCUUCACGACAGACGUCCAGAAGAAGCCCACCGACAGCCCCGCCCUCGCAGAUGCCGCGCGCCGCUUGCGGGAGUUCGUCGGUGGUGGAACGUCUGUUCGUUGA